UAUAUGGGGCAUUUUUCUAUAUUUGAGUUUGUUGAGGGGCAGGAUUUUUUUGUGGGGCAUAUAUAAUGCCCCAUAAUUUGAGCUAUGCCAAAACGUUUAUUGGGAUGCCUAAUUGCCCUGUACAAAUUUUCUCACAACAGUGUCUGACAUCGAAAUUUAUACAAAAUCGCCACUGUGAUCCCCAAAACCUGGUUAUUGUGGUCUUCAAGAUAUUUUUAGUAUUUUAGGGGGAGGUAACUAUCAUCUUCUUUUUAGCCUACCCCGACUUCCUGUUUCCGCUUUCGUUUUCUGAACCGGUUACUUUGUUUACACUGGGAAGCAAAAUGGCUUCAUAUGGAAGAAAGAUGUUGGAAGCAGCGUUGUCGAAGAAUGCUCAACCAGAGUCAAGCAGGCCUUACUCCACUCGCUCUGUGAGACCUCCUACUGCUAAAGUUGAUUGUCAGGAUAAGGUAAAAGAGUGGCUACAUUUAUCAUUCUGCUGUCCAGAAGAGGGAGUUCUGGAAGAGAUGGACUGUGGGUCCUCAAGCCAUUCUGAGUAUGAGCCAUUCACUUCAGGCUCAGAAUCAGAAUCUGGAGAAGCGUUCCCAGCAUCAGAAAAAGCUAUCCCAGAAGAAGAAGAUGUCCCAGAAUCUGUAGUGUCACAGGAACAGAGUGAAAUAUUUCCAAUGCUCCAAGGUAUAAGAGAUCUUCCUUCUGUUGGCCCUGAUCGACAACAAAGUGAUGAUGUCGAACCAUUGGAAUGUCCUCCAGAAAAUGACGCUCUUGAAGUAACGGCCCCAUCUCAAAGCCAGCUUCGGAAAGCUUUCGCAAAAGUAAAAAUCGCUGGGGAUCCUAAAUCCGGGAGUAAAAGAAACUAUCGCAAGCCAGACUAUUGUGUCUUUUGCAAGGGGAUGUAUGUCUCAAAGAUAUCUGCCCAUUACCUGUCUGUCCAUUCCAAGGAGGCUAAGGUGAAAGACAUUGUGUCAUUGCCUAUAGGCUCGAAAGAAAGGAAACGGCUCAUGAUCCUCCUACAAAAUGCAGGAAAUCACGAACAUAACUGCGAGGUUUUGAGGAAUGGUUGUGGGGAAAUCACGGUAAGCAGGCGACCCACCACCCAAGAAACUUCCAGGCCUGAAUUGUAUCUCCCUUGCACAGAGUGCAAGGCAUGGGUUUUUGAAAAAAGCCUCAGCCUACAUUCCAAAACAUGUCCUGCUGGAAAGAACUCUGACAAAAAUUUCCUGAGAAACAGCAGGAUGCUGCUGUCACCUUUCCUUCAGCUGGAUUCUGAUGAGGGUGAAAUUGAAGACAUCAUCUCCAAAAUGAAAGAAACCAGCAAAAACCCAGGACUUCGUCAGAUCUGCAUGCAUGAUGUACUCAUCCGCGAAUUCUGCAGAGGGCUUGUCCACAAAUUAGGACCUUUGGAGGAGCAGCGUCGUAAAGACAAAGACAACAUCAGAACGAAAGUGAGGGCUGUAGGUAGACUUGUUGUAAGACUGAAUGAAAAAUCAAAUCAGGAUUUGGACUUGUCAGCUUUCCUCAAACCAACACAUUUCCGGCUGAUAGUAGAAACAGUGAGAGACAUGGGCCUGGAGUCACCCAAUCUGUCACUCACGUUGGGUCAUUACAUCAAACAAAUUGUACAACUUAAGCAGAGUCUGGCCCUUCAGGGUGAAGACGACGAGGCCAGGAAGGAUGCAGACAACUUCAGCCUCCUAAUCGGUGCUCAUUGGAACAAUUAUGUGUCCGCUGUAGCAUUGAGGCGAAUGACACUGAACAAGGCAGUGGAGUUGCCAAAGACAACUGACAUGGUCAGUUUGAAGAAUUUCCUCGAUCAAGAGAUCAAGAAGAGUCUGAGCCUGGCAAAAUUGUCUCCUCAGGAAUGGACUGAUACUGCAGAGGUUGUCAUGGUGCGGAUUUUGCUCUUUAACAAAAGACGUGUAUCUGAAGUGGAGCAGUUGAAAGUGUCAGACAUUCGCCAAAUUCAAACUGACUCUGACAAUGAAGAAAUGUUGGCACAAAUGGGAAUCACGGAGAGGACACUAGCCAAGAGAAUGAGUGUAGUUGAAAGGCUUGCAAGCAUUUAA